AUGGCGAAGACUAUCGGUGCCAAAAAAUCACUUUGGCAACAAGUGUGUGAAGAGUAUGAAGCUGAGCAGCCUAGUCCUCCCAGUGCUGUGUGGACAGACAGCAGUUCAGGGAGCACCCAGUUCUCCCAGUACAGCGCCAGUACACAUUCCCCAGUCUUCUAUGGGCUCACAACAGCCAAGGUAUUUGUGGAUGAUGAUCCUCUGAGAGACUUUGACCCACUUCUUUGCCACCCUGCUCUCGCUGGUUACUCUGUGUUGGCAGAACCUCCCCCACCAAGCCAGAAGCACCCAUCAGCAGCUCAAAGUACAUCGCUUCUACAACUCCAUGAACGUCCUGUCACACGUUUCAUGGAGAGAAAGGUGUUUCCAGUGUUGUUGCCCGGGCUGGAGGCUUUGCUGAGAGAAGCUCAGAACCGCAGCUGUUUCCAGAGGAAAAUAACAGCAUUUAACCCAUGUGACUUCCUUACUGAGUGGCUAUACAACCAUAACCCCCGCAGGCAAGGACAGGUCCCAGUGAACUUCCAUGACAUCCCCUUUGUCAAGGACUGGCUCAGCAUGCAUCCCAGACGACCCAUCCCUCUGUUUCUACUCCUGAAUGAGGAUCAGGCUGCUCUGCUCAUCCAGGCUUUCUGGAGGGGAUACAAGAUCAGGGCACGCCCAGAUGUGCAGGAGCUGCGCCAGUGGCAAAAAGAACUGAGAGAGAACCACGACAUUGCCAAAACUGUCGAGCAGUUCUGGGCCCAACAAGAGAGCCGAGUGGGCUCAGCUAUGACAGACCUUCCAGAAAGCCCCCAGCCUGGUAACUCUGAUGUGUCCAUCCAAGUGGUUUGCCCCACCCCCCAGAGCACCGUGGUUCACACCCCCACCACCCAGAUGACCCCCGAGGCUGGUGAGUGGCUGACCCCCAGCAUGUGCAGUGUGGAGGUAAUGGCCACCACAUCACCACUGAGUAAUAUUCUGGCUGUAGCUGAGGCGGGUGACAAAUCCCUGACUGCAGUAUCUCCUUCGUUACUAGGAUCUCACAACUUCAGCUUGAUUGGCGGCACUGUUAACUAAAACUAUUAGCUGUGUGUACAAGGUUUUUCUGGUGUUUAAAGGCUAUUAAGCUCUGUUAGGUUUAUGUCAAACUGGCCAAAGUGAUCAGUCAAACAAGCCAUUAAAAACGCCUGUAACCAGUUGGAUAUGGCCAGGCAGGAAUUUAUGGUCUGAGAUCCGUGUCUAAUUAGUUGAUUGCUUUCAUUGCCCUUUUGAUGGAUCACUUCCUUUCAUGAGUCUCACCCUACAAAUGAACAUCAUAUAGUACGGUUCAUAUAGUUGGGAGUGAAACCUCUUGUAAAAGACUUAAUGUUUCCUCUCAGCACCUCUAGCUGAUUGCUCACUGGAAGAUAACCAGUCAUAUUUCCUUGACUUGUCAUUUCCUUUUUCUUUAACGGUACAUAUCGCUCAACAAAAAGGGUUAUACUGUUUCCAUUCAAGCCAGGAACUGAGGCCAGAGCGAAAGGUGAUUCAGCGUACAGAGCAGCACUUUCUCUCCUGUUUAUCAGAAAAGGAAAUUACACCGUCAAGGAAACAGAGAACAAAAAAAGAGCGUUCACUGGUUGGGGUCAUUGAGAACUAUCUGACAGAGUGGCAAAAAGAAAUAUCCAAUAUACUCUAUGUGUAUUUGAAAAAAGAACUAAUCAGCAAACGUGUCUACUUCUUGCCAGUAAAUUAACAUUUCCACAAAUCUACUUUUGAUAAGAUAUGAAGGUUAUGUGAUAGUUUGUGGCAUGACUUAAUGCAUAAAUCACUGACA